AUGCCGAAGCAGCUCUACGGCCACAAGCAUGCGAAGGCGCGUGGUGUGCCGGCAGAGCCCGCCGCAGUGGGCGUCUGGCUCACGCUGAUGGCGGGGCUGCCGGAGGAGCUGCAGCACCGCGCCAUUAUCGCUGCCGCAACCGAGGCAGGGCUUGAGCUCGCUGCAGACAGUCGCGACUCGUUUGCCGCCGCGCUCGUCGAGUACGGCAGCGAGCGGCGCGCCGACUGCGACGAGGCUUGGAUCGGCGUGCUCCUGGAGCUCUGCUCCGACUUCGGCGUACCGCUUGGCGACGUAGCGGACGCUGACGUUGCGGACGCUGGCGCCGAUGCAGCCGAGAGGGCGGGCGCGACAGAGCUGCUGGGCGCGCUCCGGCGGCACAGGGUGGUGUGCAACGAGCCUCCUCCUCCGCCGCCUCUGAGGGAGGGCGUCGCGGUGCUGGCGGUGCUGGAGGAGGACGAGGAGUGGCACGAGGCGCGGGUGGUGAAGCUGAUUCCUCCGCCGUCUGGCCGAGGCGCACCGCUCGUGCUGGUGCGCUUCGUCGAGUGGCAAAAGGUGCAGGAGACGUCGCGAGCAAAGGUGGUGCCGUUGGCGGAAAUCGCCGAUGACGAGGAUGCGGCCGAGGCGGAGGGCGAGUGCGAGCUCUGCCGCCGCUCUCUCGCCCUCACCUUCCACCACCUGGUGCCUGUGGCGACGCACAGCCGCUACCUCGGCAAGUGCCUCCCGCAUGGCGUCGCGGAGGCCGCGAGUGACGGGGGGCCGGCGCCGCAGCCGAGCCGCGAGUUCCUGCACUCGUACGGCGCCAUGCUCUGCCGCUUCUGCCACUCGACCGUCCACCGGUUCGCGCCCAACGCGGUGCUCGCCGAGCGCUUCAACACGCUGGACAAGCUGCGCGAGCAGCCGCCGCUCGCACGCUUCGUGGAGUUCGCCUCGCGGCAACGGCAGAGCGCAUGCCGCUGUCGAUAG